ACCUGGUUUCAUUCAUCGUCAAAAGAAAAGUGAAUGUAGCCAGCACAUGUAUAGUACUGUAAUGAAAAUUAACCACACAAUGUAACAUUGCUUUGCUGUGUGCGUUUCUUGAAUUCUCCGUUUGAUUGUGUUGAAGCACCCAAAAGAGCAGUCAAAGUAUUAAGUUUGCCACAAGGUGGCGCAGCAGUACAGAAAUUGAUCUUCAUGGUGGAUACAGACAAGUGAAGGAACUUCCUGAUGUCUUCAUACUACAGCUGUGUGUGAGUGUAGGCAUGUCUGAAGCUAUCUGUGUGUCUGUAGUUUGCACGUUACAACUAAUAAACUUUUCAACAAAAACGUGUUAAAUUAUCUCCUUUAAAACCUAUGUGUCACAGGUGAAGAAUUGGGAAAUGACCUCAUACUAGUAAGAAUGCCACUAGCUCUUCAUCUUGGGUUUCUAAGUGAGGAAAGCUGGCCUCUCAGAGGUGUGGCCUUUAAAUCACACUUGAUUCAAAUGAGUCAACACGGACGUCAUCCUGAAUAGGUACCCAGAUACAUCAGAGAGAGGAAGGUUGUUUUGUUUCUUACACAUUUAAUUUUAACUUUUGUUGUGAUAAUCUAUUUGCCUGUCAACACGAUGUUUCAUGAAGAAAUUGAAGACAUGGACACUACAGACACCCCAUGGCAUUGGCAUUACCUGGCAGACUGUGGAAGGUGGCACAGAUUGGAGGACGACCCUUAUAACCCCCUUAGCAGUAAGGACAUUGAAAGAUACUAUCAAGAAAACUCAAAAGGGGUUCUAAGUACAGUUUCAUCCAACUGUAACACCAAAAUUGAUUUUGCAGCAAUGUUGCAGACUGACCUCAGCACAGGAAGGCAAAGAAGAGUCCACCGGGGCUACAACAUUGGGAGAAGUUGCUCCUGCUUCAAUGAAUCUCCUGUCUUCUGGGAAAGGGUUGAUCCCACCUGGCCAUAUCAGCUAAUCCCUCUGAGUGAACUCACCCCUGAAUAUCAGUGUGUGGAGAGUUAUGUGAAGAACGAAGGGCUGUUGGACAGAUCCAUUAUAUCAAUCUGCAGGAUACAGAAUUUGGACCUUUGGGACAUCUUUUGCAGCAAAAAGAAGCAGCUCAUGAGGAUUAAAGGCAUCAAAGAAAUUCAAGAGAGAAGACUCUUUCAUGGAACUGAGAUCAAAAAUGUUGACAGCAUCUGCAAGAAUAACUUUGAUUUACGAUUAGCUGGACUGCAUGCCCACGUAUAUGGGAAAGGAAUAUAUUUUGCAAGACAUGCCUCACAUGCGGAUAAAUACAGCAGAAGCAGCACACAUCCAUUGAAUACGUAUGGCGGGGAAACACAAGGUGUGAGCAGUGAACCGAGGAAAAUAAUAUUUCUAGCACGUGUGAUGAUCGGCAAAUCAGUCGUCGGACAAGACCAUUUUCAAAAACCUGAUCAUGGAAGUUCGGAAAACAUUCACGAUAGCUGUGUGAAUGAUGUCAAUCAUCCCACUAUUUUUGUUAUUUUUGAUCCAAAUCAAAUAUAUCCAGAGUACUUGAUUCAGUACAAAUAAAGUCAACAGAUAAUCUAGAGCAUACAUUUUUUAUAAACAGAGAGCUUAAUAAACAAAGUUCCUGGCAGAACCAAA